GCGGAACUCUUUAAAAUGUGAACCCAUACAACAGCGCAGCAAAGAAGUUCAACUUUCUUGCUGAGUUUCAAAGUUGCAGGUGCAUCAUACGGAGAGCUAUGGAGGAUCCAUUAGGUAAAGAAUACAUAGAUACAUUUAAAGAAUUGCUGCAAACCAAUGUCCCCGCAGCAACUGCAAAGAUCAAGGCUUAUUUGGAAGAGCAGGAUAACAUUCCACUAAACAUCGCCAUCACAGGAGAGUGUGGCUCUGGUAAAUCCACCUUUGUUAAUGCCUUUAGAGGCUUAGACAAGAAGGAUAAGAGUGAUGCAGCAGCCCCUACUGGUGUUGUAGAAACCACCAUGGAGGUCAACCCAUACCCCCAUCCAAACUUUCCCAAUGUUACACUGUGGGAUCUUCCUGGUAUUGGCACCACCAAUGUUCCAGCUGCCGAGUACCUGGAGCAUGUUGGCUUUGAAAGAUUUGACUUCUUCAUCAUCAUCUCAGCUGAUCGCUUCAGAGAAAAUGAUGGGAAACUUGCUCUGGAGAUCCAGAAGAUGAAGAAGAAGUUCUACUUUGUUCGCUCAAAGAUUGACCAUAACAUGCGGGAUGAAGAAGAAACUCAGAGCGAGUUCAACGCAGAAAAGACUCUUUCAAUCAUAAGAGAAAACUGCGUUGAUGGUCUUCUAAAACACAAGAUUGAGUCUCCACAAGUCUUCCUGGUGUCCAGCUUUCAUCUCCACCUGUAUGACUUCCACCUGUUAACAAAUACCCUGGAGAAAGAGCUUCCUGAACACAAGAGAGACACUCUGCUGUUAGCCAUGCCCAAUGUUCAUUGUGAGAUCAUCUGCAAGAAGAAAGAAGCUCUCAAGGCAAAAAUAAAGUACCUUGCUUCUUUAUCUGCACUCACAGCAGCUGUACCAGCUCCUGGGCUCUCUGUUGCUGUUGAUAUAGCCAUUCUGGUUAAAGCCACCAAUAAGUACAAACAUACUUUUGGUCUUGACAGCAAGUCAAUGGAAAAUCUUGCUCUUAAAUCAGGCGUGCCUUUGACUGAUCUCAGAGCAGUGACGACCUCAAACCUGUCUGCAGGUGUAAUAAACAAAAAGGUCAUUAUGAAACUGCUGGUAGUGUCUGGGUUUCAAGUUGCUUCACUGGCAGCAGAGGAAGUGUCCAGAUUUAUUCCAUUAUUAGGAAUACCAGUAGCAGCGGCCUUAUCUUUUACCUGCACCUACAAAGCUCUCGAGGAUUGCCUCAACAUGCUCGCUGAGGAUGCUGAGAGGGUAUUCAAGAAGGCCCUGGGUUCAAACAGCUCUGGUUGAUAUUUUAAAGUGAAUGGCAAUGGCACUUAAUGUCACAUAUAAAACUGCGUUCUACUCAAGACAUUUUGUAAUAAUUGUGUGAGGGGAUUGCAUUGCAUUGCAUUUAAAAAAAUCAAGCAAAUAAUAAUCUUGUAUCCUAGCUGAACAAUAAAAUAUAAGUUUUGUAGUUGAUCAUUCCAUCCAAUGGUCUCGUUGUAGGUUGUGUUUAACUGAUAUUAAUGCAUAUGUAGUGAUAAAUCUUGUAUAGCUUGAAAGCACAUUAAAACAUGCCCUGGUAUCCUUUCAAUACAUAAACAUUUACUUUUUUGUAUAUAAGACUGUUUAAUGCAAAACACUGUAGAAUUAAUUUUGUGAUUUAAAAAAAAACUCUUUCUUAAAUAAAAUCUUGGAAAUGUAUCGUA